AUGGCGCAUUCAAGUCAGAUGGAUUCUCUCCUCACCGAGCACUUCCGCUACACGCCUCUUACCCUAAUCGACGACAUAAUCAACACCGUGAACGAGCUCGUCGGCCGCGCCGUCGACUCCGUGGAAGCCGGCCUCCUCUCCGCCGACCCCGCUGUCCUCGGGUUCGCCGCCCGCGCCGCCGCCGAGAAUGUGAUACCGGACACCGACGGCGAGGGCAACGUCGUCUACCCCGAGGCGCGGAAGGAGAUCGAGGAGGGCGUGCACAAGCUAGAGACGCUGCUGGAGGCGACCGUGGACAAGAACUUCGACAAGCUGGAGAUAUACGUGCUGCGGAACGUCUUAACAAUCCCCGAGGAGCUGGUGGGCUGGGUGCGGCUGGCGCAUUACGAGAACCUCCACAUCCCCUCCCCCUCCGCGCCCCCAGCGCCAACCCCCGAAUCCCUCCACCUCCUCCGGCGCAAGCUCCACGAGACGCAGAAACUCCACGUCGCCCUGCUGGCCGAACACCGCCGCAACGCCCAGCUCAUCGCCCAACUCCGCGCCCUCCUCUCCUCCGCCCCCAACAGCAGCACAACCGCCCACCCCAAAGCCGAGCAGCCAUCCUCCCCCUCACGCGUCCCCGCACCCGCCACCCCCCACCCCGGCGCCUUCGCCUUCCUGUCCACCACGCCCGCAGCGCACACGCUGGGCGUCUCGACCGCCGCCGCGAUGCCGCCGCCGCCGCCGCCGCCUGAAGGCGCGUCCACACAGCCGCAAGCCCCGCUGACGACACCGACGGCGUUUGCGCUCGCACAGCUGCCCGCGCUGCGGCAGCUGCUGACGAGUCUGCGGCCCCGUCUCGCGAGCCCGGCGGCGGCUGGUGGAGACGACGAAGGGGAGGCAGCGGGGAGGCGGGCGUAUAUUGAGGCGCAGACGCGGCGGGUGUUGGAGAGGAGGGGCCGUGGGGGUUGA